AUGACCGAGACGAAGUUUCGUCUUCGUGCCAGUCUUUGGUAUGGCUUCAAAUUGGGCAAAAAUGCCGUUGAAUCCCAUCGAGAUCUCUGCAAAAUAUUUGGCGAAGAUGCUAUUUCGGAAAGCCAGUGUCAACGAUUUCGAGAAGGAAAUGAAUCUUUGAAAGACGACGACCACCUCCUGCGAUCGAUAAUGCAGUAC